AAGAGAAAUAUUCUGUCUUUUCUUUUUCUUUGUCUUUAGGUGCUAUUUGGUCAAAGUUUAUUUUGUUACAACACAGAAAAUAGAAUGACAAAUGAAUGAAAAUGAUAUUUAAAAAAAUCACUGUUUCUAUCCUGGUGUCAUAACUCAAAUAAAUGACUCUUUUCACCAAUCGUUUUCUGCUGUGACUAAUCUCUACUCAGGGGAAAGACCCGCCCCUCCUGGGCAUCAACGUGGACAAAACAAGCGCGCAAAGGGGCGUUUCUUUAUCGUCGCAUUCCGGAAAUGGUUGCAACAUAAACAAAUGUCUUUAAAAGACAGACGCGCGUGCGUGGACUGUUCAUUCUAUCGGUACAUGAACUCGUUUAAGUCUAAAGUACACGUAUUUUAGGUAAGAAGGAGAAAGUGAGUGGUGUGAAUGUAACUUUUGUUUUGUUUUUGUUUUUUUUCCCGCAGUUUUUUUUCUUUUUUUAGAAAAAAAGUUUUUUUUUUUUUUUAAUUGUUAUUUUGACCUGCUUUGUGCCGCGAAAAUCAUCAGGAUGGAAUGUCCCUUCGGUCUGCUGUCCUUAAUUGAGAAACAAAAAGUUCCUCUGCAGAGUGUGGAGGUGGAGCUGCAGGUGAAGGACCAUGUGGCUACAGUCAUCUCCACUCUGAACUACCAGAACAAGGAGGACAAUCCUGUAGAGGCAGUUUUUGUCUUCCCUCUGCCUGGAGAUGCUGCUGUGUGUCAUUUCAGUGCUAAGAUUGGACAGACACACAUUGUAGCUGAGCUGAAGGAGAAGCAGCAGGCUCGGGAGGAGUAUGAUGAUGCUCUGAGUUCAGGACAGCUGGCCCUCCUGUUGGAGGAGAGUGAACAGAGUCCGGACAUCUUCUCUCUGAGUGUGGGCAGUCUGCCUCCAGGGGAGAGCGCCUCCAUCAGGCUGGAGUAUGUCAUUGAGCUGACUGUGGAGGCUGAUGAGGGGCUGAGGUUCUGUCUGCCUGCUGUGCUCAACCCUCGCUACCAACCUCAAGAACUUUCAACAAGGACCAGGACCCUAGUGGCCAGAAGUAGAAUGAAAAUCACAGAUUUAUAAAAUAAUGUUCCUGCAGAUUUUAAAAAGUUUUGUCUUUCUAUACAAAGCUGGUGAUCCAAGUAUGUUCACAAACUACUGUCCCAUAUCAGUCUUACCAUGUUUUCAAAGGUUCUAGAAAAGUUAAUUAACUCUAGAUUGCUCAAACAUUUGAACACAAAAAUGUAAUGUAUCAACACCACUAUGGAUUAAAAAACUCCUCCACUUACCUGGAAUUAGUUGAACUUACUGACAGUAUAUACACGGCUUUAACCAACACUGAAAUUACAAUAGGUGUAUUUGUAUUUCUUUUGAAGGCAUUUGAUUCUGUGCAUCAUGGAAUAUUGUUGGACCAAUUAUAUGAAUACGAUUUUCAAGGUCUUGUGCAUAAAUGGCUUUUUAAUUAUGUGAUAAAUAGAAGACAAUAUGUGACAAUUAAUGACUAUGACUCAGAAAGAGAUGUAAUUAAAUGUGGUGUACCCAAGAAAUCUAUUUUAGGACCUUUGUCAUUUCUGGUUUAUAUAAAUGAUUUAGCAUGUUUUGGUAAAACAACAUUUUCCCCAUUUUAUUUGCAGAUGACAACUAUCUUUUGAUUUCUCAUAAGGAUCCAAAAACAGUUGUAGAAAAACAAAACAAGGAUCUGAAAGAAUACUCUACCCAGUUUCAAGCAAACAAAUUAUCUUUAAAUUUAAUAUAUAUAUAUUUAUGAUUUUAUGGUAUUCUCAGGCUGGAAAAAACACAACAAUUUAAUUAAAAUUCAUAUUCAAAAUGAACAAACUGAAGAAGUUUCAGGAGUUCAGGAGUUUUAGGAAUUAUGAGUUCACAAGUUAAAUGUUCUUCCUUUUAAUGUGGCAACAAAUUCUUAUUAACUAUUCAUUAUUAUUAACUAUUAAAGGAGUUUGGGUUUUGAUAGCAAGAUUAAAUAGAAAAUUUCUAAAAAAGAUUUUGAUCUCAAGUUAUUAAAAUUGGGUUUAAUUUUGCAAAAAAAAAAAAGAUAUGUUUUCUAAUUUUAUUUUCAUAAAAUCAAUUUGAUUUUGAAUUCUUAUGUUAGAGUUAAUUGUUUUAUUGGUUUAGAUUCUUCAGACUAGUUAUCUAUUUGUUUAUUUACUGUAUUUCACUUUAUUUUAUUUUUCAACAGAGUUGUUAUUUUCUUGAAUGAACCCAGAUGGAUUUCUGUAACAUCAUCACAGGAUUUUACUUUUUGUAUUUUUAGUUUUCUUAUAUUUUUUUGUCCUUUUUAUGUGUGUAAAUAAAUAAAUAUAUCAAAUCAAACAACCAAAUAAACAUUCAUUUCUAAACUCUAAGGGGUUUCUUUGCACCAUAACUUUCAAAUUCAACUUUAUUUACGUAUAUAGCUCUAUUCCUGCUACAGAGCAUCUUUUCACUAUAAAAUAAAUACAAGUUAGACAAAAAAUAGCAGUUAGAUAGCAAUCCUAAUAAAAAAAAAAUAAAAAAAA